GUUCAAAAGACAAAGGUUUUAACUUUUCUAUAUGCCAGACGUUGUAAAUUACGGACGGAACAUCAGGGAGUCUCUGGGGUUUUUGGGAGACAUCGAAGCACUAUGUCGGAGAGAGGGUGAGACCGUCUCUCUCUCUCUCUCUCUCUCUCACUGUCUGAGCCGAGAAAGAAAACCUUACCUUGUGCGUGUAGUAUUCGAAGAAGCUCACGACCUUGAGUGUUCAGGAAAGUAAGGUUGUUGAUGUGCUCCGAUGGCCUGGUCGGAAAAAGUUGUUGGUAAUGGGAUAGAGAGGGACCCGGUUCGAGAUAAUGGUUUCUUAAACGGAUCACAGCCGUCUCCCAGUAAUAGUGGCUCACCUGUGAGUGUCUCCCCGGUGCAGAAGAGGUUUGAAGGAAAAGAUGCUAUUUCUUAUGCUAACAUUCUUCGUUCGAGGAACAAAUUUGCCGAGGCUCUUGAUCUCUAUGAGAGUGUCUUGGAGAGAGAGAGUGGUAAUGUGGAAGCUCACAUUGGCAAAGGAAUAUGCCUGCAGAUGCAGAAUAUCCCAAAGCUUGCAAUUAACAGUUUUGCCGAGGCAAUCAGAUUGGACCCACAGAAUGCUUGUGCACUAACUUAUUGUGGUAUAGUGUACAAAGACGAGGGCUGCCUAGCCGAGGCUGCUGAGUCAUAUCAGAAGGCUCUUAGAGCAGACCCAUCAUACAAACCAGCUGCGGAAUGCCUGGCCAUUGUCUUAACAGAUCUUGGGACCAGCUUAAAGCUUGCCGGAAGUGUUCAAGAGGGGAUUCAGAAAUACCAUGAAGCACUCAAAAUAGAUCCGCACUAUGCUCCUGCAUAUUAUAAUCUUGGUGUUGUCUAUUCUGAGAUGUUGCAAUUCGAUUUGGCCCUUAAUUGCUACGAGAAGGCUGCAUUAGAGAGGCCUAUGUAUGCUGAAGCAUAUUGCAACAUGGGUGUCAUUUACAAGAAUCGUGGAGAAUUAGAGUCAGCUAUUGCUUGUUAUGAGAGGUGUCUAGCCGUUUCACCAAAUUUUGAGAUUGCAAAGAACAAUAUGGCAAUAGCCCUGACAGAUUUAGGAACAAAGGUUAAAUUGGAGGGAGACAUCAAUCAAGGCGUGGGAUAUUACAAGAAGGCUUUGUAUUAUAAUUGGCACUAUGCUGAUGCUAUGUAUAAUCUAGGGGUUGCUUAUGGUGAAAUGCUUAAAUUUGAUAUGGCUAUUGUAUUCUAUGAACUUGCUUUCCACUUCAAUCCCCAAUGUGCGGAGGCAUGUAACAAUCUUGGAGUAAUAUACAAAGAUAGAGACAACCUCGAUAAAGCUGUAGAGUGUUAUCAGUUGGCUUUGUCGAUCAAACCAAACUUCUCACAAUCUUUGAACAAUCUUGGUGUUGUUUACACCGUCCAGGGUAAAAUGGAUAUUGCUGCAAGCUUGAUCGAGAAAGCCAUCAUUGCAAAUCCCACAUAUGCAGAGGCAUAUAAUAAUUUAGGGGUUCUUUAUAGAGAUGCUGGCAAUAUAUCUCUUGCUAUUGAUGCGUAUGAGCAAUGCCUCAAGAUAGAUCCUGACUCUCGAAAUGCAGGCCAGAAUCGAUUGCUUGCAAUGAAUUACAUAAAUGAAGGACAUGAUGAUAAACUUUUUGAGGCUCACAGGGACUGGGGUAAGCGCUUUAUGCGGUUAUAUCCACAGUACACAUUGUGGGAGAAUGCGAAGGAUCUGGAAAGGCCGCUUGUGGUUGGAUAUGUAUCUCCUGAUUUUUUUACUCAUUCUGUAUCCUAUUUUAUAGAAGCCCCCCUUGUCCAUCAUGACUAUGCAAAUUACAAGGUGGUUGUUUAUUCAGCAGUUGUGAAGGCAGACGCAAAAACCAUCAGGUUUAAGGAGAAAGUCAUAAAAAAGGGUGGGAUAUGGAGAGAUAUAUAUGGGAUUGACGAAAAGAAGGUGGCAAUCAUGGUUAGAGAAGAUAAAAUUGACAUUUUGGUAGAACUUACUGGUCAUACUGCUAACAAUAAGUUGGGAAUGAUGGCUUGUCGACCUGCACCUGUCCAGGUGACUUGGAUUGGCUACCCAAAUACAACUGGUUUGCCUGCAAUUGAUUAUCGAAUCACUGAUUCAUUGGCAGACUCUCCUCAUACAAAGCAAGAGCAUGUGGAGGAGUUGGUUCGAUUACCAGAAUGCUUUCUUUGUUAUACUCCUUCUCCUGAGGCUGGGCCGGUCUCCCCAGCUCCUGCUCUUUCCAAUGGCUUUAUUACUUUUGGUAGCUUUAAUAAUCUAGCGAAGAUUACACCCAAGGUGUUGCAAGUUUGGGCAAGGAUUCUCUGUGCAGUUCCAAAUUCUCGCCUUGUGGUAAAAUGUAAGCCUUUUUGUUGUGAUAGUGUAAGGGAAAGAUUUCUUUCAACACUGGAGCAACUGGGAUUGGAACCUCUACGUGUUGAUCUUCUGCCACUGAUUCUUCUUAACCACGAUCAUAUGCAAGCAUAUUCUCUUAUGGACAUUAGUUUGGAUACUUUUCCGUAUGCUGGAACCACCACGACAUGUGAAUCUUUGUACAUGGGUGUCCCUUGUGUCACUAUGGCUGGUUCAGUGCAUGCUCACAAUGUUGGCGUGAGUCUUCUCAGCAAAGUUGGCUUGGGACAUCUAGUUGCCAAAAGUGAAGAUGAAUAUGUCCAAUUGGCACUGCAGUUGGCCUCUGACACAACAGCACUCUCAAAUUUGAGGAUGUCUCUUCGUGACCUCAUGUCCAAGUCCCCCGUCUGUGAUGGAAUAAACUUUACCCUUGGUCUCGAGUCAGCAUACCGAAACAUGUGGCACAGGUACUGCAAAGGCGACAUGCCAUCUUCAAGGCGCAUGGAAAUGCUAGAACAGAAGUUGGUGGUUUCUGAAGAAUCGGCUAUUAAAAUUUCAGAACCUACAAGGAAUAUUAAGUCAAGAGAAAGCCCUCCUGGAGAUAUCAAGAUCAAUGGAUAUAGUCCACUACCACCAACUAUGCCAAACUCGUCCACUUGAUAAGGAAAUGGUGAUCGGUUGAGUCAAAAUAUAAAAUCAGGCAACCUGGGGUGAACUUCAAUUUAUCUGACGGUUGCAUGUCCGUGGCAUUUUUGGUUUGAAGCUGCAUUACUUUGUUGGGGUUAAACUCGUGUGUAUAUUUGUAGUUGGCUGCUGCUGCUGCUGAAACUGAGGCUGGUGAUUACUGUUGCGGCAAAACCUAGGGCAAUCUUGCAUAGGAUGACAUUUUUUGGGGAAAGAAUGCUGGCAAUAGCUCGUCAUUUUUUUUUUCUUUUUCUGUGCAAGAAAUAGAUAUAGAGGAAAGGAAAGAGGUGGUGAUUCUAUUAGCUGCCGCUUUUUAUAUAUAGCUGUAUUGCAUUUUUUUUUAACCUGAACGAUAGGAAUUAGUUGUGGUGGCUUGUAUAUUAUAACGAAAGUUUUUGUUUUUUUCGCUUCAUGGCUUGUUUAUCUGAUUACGAAUUGGCAUGAAUAAUCAGAUGACUGAAGGGCGAGCAGUCAUUGGAGGAACGUUUCGAUGUCAAACUCUGAGUUCUACUUUUAUGAACAUGAUUAAAUAGAGAGCUGCUUGUUCUGAGA